UUCAAACCAUGAAGAGCACCAAUAACCUAGUCGCCAUUGUCCUGUUGCUGACGGCCGCCUUAGCGGCCGGAGAAAUGAAGAAUAAGGGAUGGUGGAACAGUACCGUUUUCUACCAGAUUUAUCCGCGGAGCUUCAAGGAUUCAAAUGGAGAUGGUGUCGGUGAUCUACAAGGUAUAACAUCGAAAUUGGAGCAUUUCAAGGAUAUUAACGUGGGAGCGAUCUGGUUGUCGCCAAUCUACGACAGUCCCAUGGUAGAUUUUGGAUACGAUAUAAGAAAUUUCACAAAAAUUGAUAAAAUUUUUGGAACCGAGGAAGAUUUGAAGGCUCUCGCGGCGAAAGCGAAAAAGCUUGGUUUGAAGGUUGUUUUGGACCUGGUUCCUAAUCACACCUCCGACGAGCAUCUAUGGUUCCAAUUGAGCAUAAAUCGCACAGAUCCAUACACGGAUUAUUAUAUAUGGAACGAUGGAAAGUUGGUAAAUGAAACGUCGGCAAAUGGAACGGUUAUAAAACGAGUGCCUCCAAAUAAUUGGGCCAGUGUGUUUAAUGGUUCGGCUUGGACUUGGAACGAGAAGAGACAACAAUACUAUUUCCAUCAAUUUUAUCCAAAACAGCCAGACCUAAACUACAGCAAUCCUAAGGUUCAACAAGAAAUGAAGGACGUGAUUAAAUAUUGGUUGGAUAGAGGAAUUGACGGAUUCCGUAUCGACGCCGUGCCACAUUUGUUCGAGAGUAAUUACACCCAAGACGAACCAACACUCGAUGUACCAGGUGCUAAUAAGACUGAUCACGUGUCUUUCAAUCACAUCUUAACAAAAGAUCAGCCGCAAACUUAUACCCUGGUGAAAAGUUGGCGAGACUAUGUAGAUCAGUAUGCGAAUGAAAAAAACCAAGACGAGAAGGUGUUGUUAACUGAAGCGUAUACCAGUUGGGAAAACACAAUAAAGUAUUACGAAGCCGGUUCGCAUGUUGCGUUCAACUUCAAAUUCAUAACAGACGCAGACAAAAAUUCGGACGCGUCUACGUUCAAGAAUAUCAUAGAUAGAUGGCUAAAUAUGAUGCCAAACGGAUCUGUAGCUAAUUGGGUGAUGGGAAACCACGAUCGAGUUCGUGUAGGCACACGCUACCCGAAGAGAGGAGAUCAGAUGAUAAUGCUGGAGAUGUUAUUGCCCGGUGUAGCUGUGUCUUAUUACGGAGAGGAAAUCGGCAUGGUGGAUAACGAAACUCUCCACGAGUACGACUUCCGUGAUGGUGCACGCACACCGUUCCAAUGGGACGACAGUGCACAAGCAGGUUUCACUAACUUUUCUAAACCGUGGCUGCCUGUUCACACGGACUACAAAACUCGGAACUUGAAGAAGCAGAAAACCACUGACGACUCUGACUACAAACUUUACACAUCAUUGACAAAUCUGAGAAAGUCUGAUCUACUGAAAAAAGGUGAUUUGCGUACAGUCAUUUUGGAAAACAACGUUCUGGCUGUAAUACGAAACAAAAGCAAUGAUGCAGCAGCACUUUUAAUGAAUUUUGCAUCUCAGCCGAUUUCGGUUAAUCUGACGAGCCUGAUGCCUAAAAGUACUGGUAGAGUGGUUUUGAGUAGCAGCAACUCCGGAGUUAAGAAAAGCACCACUUUUUCAUUGACAAAAGUGUCCAUUCCUGCGCAGGCGGCCUUGUUAUUGCGUUCUGAAGCGAGUGUGUCCACUUAUUCUUUGCUGAUGGUCGUACUGCUCGCGCUUGCUUCGUUGUUCCGUUCGUAAGAAAACAUUUAAUCGUUAAUUUAACUUAUAAUCUGUCAACCGAACACGCGUCGAUUACGAUGACGAAUGUGAUUUUUAACGCGUAAUGCCAUCGUGUGAAAACACCGAUGCACGGAAAAAUCCUGGAGUUCCUACGGUGUUAAACCAUAGACGAUCGAUACAAAUAUUUGUUGUAGAAAAUAUUUGGUACAAAGCGCUUUAUCGAUUAUUAUUUAUUGCGAUACGCGUACAAUUGUUUUAAGAAAUACAAAU